AGGCGGAGCGCGGCGGCGUCAGUUGCUGGACGACGACGGACGAGGACGGACGCCGCCGCUCCUCUUCCUUCACCUGCUGCUCCUACUCACCCACCUCACACCUCACAAUGGGCGCCGUGGGCUCCACCUCACAGCUCCGCCGCAGUGUCUCCACUGAGAUGCGCAGCUGUGGCAGGAUCUUAGAAGACUUGGAGAAGCAUGACUUUGAUUGUGCUUCCGUGGGAGGAAUGAAGACUGUUUAUAUGAUGUUUCACUCAGCACUAGACGAGAUAAAAACACAAUGUACAAUCAAGGAUGAAGAAGUGGUUGUCUGUUCACAGAAGAGUGAGGUCAUUGAGAAAAUGAAGGUAAACAAACCGGGGCAAGAGGAAAGAACUGAAGCAAAUCUGGACUCCGUAUUAGAUGAGCUGGAUAAACUCUGGGAUGAAGAAAUAGCACUGAUAGACAAUGCUGCAGCGGUUUUCUUGUUGAAGUUGCUGUGUGCUGUUCGCUUAACACUAAAUAAAGUGUUGCACAAGAUAUCUUAGGUUGAAGAGUUUGUCGAGAACGAAGGAAGAACUUACCAAGAGAGUUUCGGAAGAAAAUGAACAAGCACCUGUUAGUUAGAAGCACUAUUAUGAAAGAUCAAAACGUCUCACCUAAGUUGUUUGUCAGUUGAGUCUAAUUUUAUCAAACUUCAAAAAAUGAGGAUAUAUUUUUUCUCUAUGGAAAUAACUACAAAACCACUUAGGUGCAAUAUCCAUAAAUUCUUAGUUUAUCAGGAAAGGAUUAAAGCGAAGAGAAAAGCUGGUUCUAAAUUAUCAAUAACUGGAAAUAUUAGAAUGUUUGAUUUAUUAUCUGUAAGCAAAGUGGCAUUGUACAUGUCAGUCACAACCUUAUGUUCAUAUAGUAGUCGUACGUUCAAUUUUUUAUGAAAAAAAAAAUAUUUCAUUUGUAAUAUUUAGUAAAACUUUAAAAUAUCUUAAGCAAAAGUAAUAUAAUUUGUAAUACUCUCCGUGAAAGAUUAUUUUUAAAGGACAAGUAUGCAAUCAAAUAUAUGUUGAUUAGGUUAGUUUUAUUUAUUUACAUAAAAACUCUUAUUGUUUACAACGCUAAUAAUGGUUUUAUAAUUUGAUAGGUAAACAGUAAGGUUGCUGGUAUUUCUCACACACUUGUGUCCACAAGACCUCAAGUGUCCCCACCACAUUGUAUCCUUCAACACAAUAUUCCUUACUCACUCGUGUAAUAAGACCUCAAGUGUCCCCACCACAUUGUAUCCUUCAACACUAUAUUCCUUACCCACUCGUGUAAUAAGACCUCAAGUGUCCCCACCACAUUGUAUCCUUCAACACUAUAUUCCUUACUCACUCGUGUAAUACGACCUCAAGUGUCCCCACCACAUUGUAUCCUUCAACACUAUAUUCCUUACCCACUCGUGUAAUAAGACCUCAAGUGUCCCCACCACAUUGUAUCCUUCAACACUAUAUUCCUUACUCACUCGUGUAAUAAGACCUCAAGUGUCCCCACCACAUUGUAUCCUUCAACACUAUAUUCCUUACCCACUCGUGUAAUAAGACCUCAAGUGUCCCCACCACAUUGUAUCCUUCAACACUAUAUUCCUUACCCACUCGUGUAAUAAGACCUCAAGUGUCCCCACCACAUUGUAUCCUUCAACACUAUAUUCCUUACUCACUCGUGUAAUAAGACCUCAAGUGUCCCCACCACAUUGUAUCCUUCAACACUAUAUUCCUUACCCACUCGUGUAAUAAGACCUCAAGUGUCCCCACCACAUUGUAUCCUUCAACACUAUAUUCCUUACCCACUCGUGUAAUAAGACCUCAAGUGUCCCCAUCACAUUGUAACCUCAACACUUAUUAUACAAAAUUUAUCUUACCAUCUGCUGAAAUAUUGUCAUGUUUGUUAAAAAGGACACUAUAAUAAAAGUCAUAUUUUAUUAUAUCAGUUGCAAGGGAAUUUUACUUACUAGAAUUG